AUGGCUGUUGCUGCUGAAGAGUGGACGUUACACUCUCCUCCUUCCAUGCAAACACUUGUUUCCACUCACGUCAAACAUGUAGUUGUGCCCUUCCAAUCUCCAGCUUCACACGUCCUCCAUGAUUUCCAGUAUAAUCCUCUCAUGCACACUACGGUGCCUUUGAGUGCUCAAGAGGAGGAAGGCAGUGAGGAUGCAGAUGUGGAAGAGGACAGCAGGAUUGUAGAGGAGGGCGAUGAUGAGAAUGCAGAUGUGGAAGAGGACAGCAGGAUUGUAGAGGGAGAUGUGGAAUAUGAGCUGGACCUCAAUUUGAUCGGUGACGCUCCACCUGCGUGCUCUCUCAUAACUCCACCCCCAUUGCCAAUCCGAGCCCUCCAUCCCACAAUCUUAUUGGAAGAAUGUGCAUGCCAGCAAGACCAGGCUGCUGCGCCCAUCUCUUCUUCAUCAGCAUCAGAAACUUCCUCUGUGUCUUUGGAAGCUGACUAUUCCAUCGAGUUCAUCUCUUAA